UCUCGCGAUAUUUGCUUGCGGCACUUGCCCACAAGCCGCGCAGGUGGAAAGGACUGGAAGUCUCGCGAUAUCUGGUUUCCGUUCCCUCCAGCCUCUGCUUCCGGGCGGCUAGCUGUGGGUUGUGGAGCGUCGCGCUCCCCCCUCAUGGGGUCUCUCCUCGGCCUGGUGCCUCCCCCCGCACUCGCCGCUAUUUGAAGCGGCGGCCUCCGCCCGCUCCCGGCGCCUGGCGCUGCCGGAGCCACCGGAUAUGAAAAUGAGUUGCACAAUUGAGAAAGCCCUAGCUGAUGCUAAAGCACUAGUAGAGCGACUUAGAGAACAUGACAAUGCAGCAGAAGCUCUUAUUGAACAGACUACAGCUCUCAACAAGCGGGUGGAAGCGAUGAAGCAGUACCAAGAAGAAAUUCAAGAGCUUAAUGAGGUAGCAAGACAUCGGCCUCGAUCUACAUUAGUAAUGGGUAUCCAGCAGGAAAACAGGCAGAUCAGAGAACUGCAACAGGAAAAUAAAGAACUACGUACAUCUCUUGAAGAACAUCAGUCUGCUUUGGAACUCAUAAUGAGCAAAUACAGAGAGCAAAUGUUUAGGCUGCUCAUGGCCAGCAAAAAGGACGAUCCAGGUAUAAUAACAAAGUUAAAAGAGCGACAUUCCAAGGAGCUACAAGUGCAUGUGGACCAAAUUACAGAAAUGGCAGCAGUAAUGAGAAGAGCCAUUGAAAUUGAUGAGCAGCAGGGUUGCAAAGAGCAGGAGCGUAUUUUUCAGCUUGAAGUGACAUUGUAAACGAAGUGGGCAGCAUUAUUUUCUACAAAUGUAAACAAACUUGUUUGAGCAAUUGGCUGAACAAGGAGGACAGAGUGGAUUUGUAGACGGCAAAUAUUUGAAUGCUGGUUUUGGUACAUAAUUCUAUAUUUGUAAGUUCAACUUUCAUGAUAAAGAGAUUGCACUGCCAUACUUGAAUUAGGUGAAUUGAAAUACUUUACAGUACAAAUAUUUGUAAUAAAUAUAAAGUGAGCACUGUACACUUAUAAUUGAAAUCAAUAUAUUUGAAAACAUCCAAAAACAUUUAAAUGGUAUUUAUUAACAGUACAAUUAAUCAGUUUUUUUAAUUGCUUAACAGCCCUAAUUCUGACCAUGUCCCUUACUGGAUUUAACUUUUAAAACUUAUUUCAAGCUGUUUUAGAACUUUGGGGGUUUUACUGAACUAAAUAUGGAGUUGGUCAGUAUAGUAUCCUCUUUAGUUUCAAAUUCAAUCUCAUGCUGUCUCCACAUUGUCUUCUCUAGAUUUUGUAUUAAUACCUAUAUGCAGUGGGGUGGUAGUGGGAAAUUGGAGGGCCUGAGAACUGCUUAGGGUGGGGAAGACUGGGAUGGAUAGCUAGCUAGUACCUAUGUGAUUUUUUUUUGAAAAUGCAUUAAAUAGUUCUGAAACCUGUCACUUAGCCAUUUAAAAAAAAAUAGGCUAGUUCAUGUCUGAGCUUUUGUUUCAGGUUGACUGUAUACACUAGUUGAAUUUACAUUCUGCUCAUGCUUUUAGCAUGAGCCCAGCAGCUAUAAGAGCUAAAAAGAUUCUUGAAUAAAAACAGAUUCUAGAACAAUUCCCCAGGCAAAGGGCCCUGAACACAACCAUCCCCACCACAGUCAGUACUGUUCCCACGGACUGACAUUUAUAAAGUUCUUAGCAUGCUUUAGAAACUAAUGUGAAUUAUAGUGAUCGUUGCACAUUAAAUUGACAAAUAGCACACUCCAUGGAGAAUCUGACCCUUGCUUUCUGGCCCACAUUGUGAAAAAUGGCCCACUUUCUCUCACCCAAAACUAACAGUCCUAGUGAUUAAAGGAGCUAGGAUACUGGCCAUGCCACAGCUGUCCCUUAAAAAGGGAGACAAACACAGAAGAAACGACCUUGGUUUGAGGGAGGAAGUAGUUCUGAAGUCCCAGAUGCUAAAAAGUUCUGUCAUAGCAAAGUAAAGAGUAUGGUGCAGGUAAUUGCAGUGCUUCAUUAAGUUGACCUAGUGUCAGGGCCUGUGGGCUUUGUUUUGGAAGGGGAGUUUGGUGCCAAAAUGUUAAUCUUUAACAAGUCAGGACAUGAAUUCAUAAGUACGCAUAGGGAACAAGGCUGGAGAACGUGGAGCAAUGCUGAGGGUAGAGCUACAAAAACCACUGCAAAAAGACAUUUCUCAGAGCACUCCUGUGGAUUAGAAAAAGCCUUUUUCAAAAAUCCAGAGGAUGGUCACAGUUGUAAGGCUGUGACUGGGACAUAGGAGAUCAGAGUUUCAUUCCCAUCCCUGCUAAUAUUUUCCUGUGUGACCUUAGGCAAAUUGCUUAAUUUGGCUCAAUUUCCUCAAUGUGUAAAAUACAGUUAUAGUUUCCUUUCUCCAAAUCUUUGAUUAUGGUGUAAGGUCUUUGGGGCAGGGACUCUGAGCACAAUGUGGCCCAGACCUCAGAUGGGAACUCAAGAUCUUACUGUACAAAAGAUAAAAUGAAGCCUCCAUACUCACCUUCUGAGUGUCUCCACAAGAGACUUACAAAACAGACAAAAGGUGUUUCCACAGAUUGGUUGAAAUUGGUUUUGAUCAUGUUUGUACCAAAAUUGGUAUAACCCACUACAAGAGCAGACUUCAGUUCCAUGUACUCUUAAAAAAAUCUUUAUUAUAAAAGAUAGGAACAAAUGUAACUCAUAUUUUCUCUUUCACAAUGUUAAUCAUGGCAAUUAUAAAAACAAGGUAAACAUAUAUAAGGGUAGUUUCAGAUCAAAGUUAAGUGUUUGCUACUUUGGCCAUCAGAUGUGGCAAAGUUACUCAGCAUUAUCAGUGCUAUAAAAGUUAGUCAGUGAGCAACAGUCCAGUACAUGAGAAACAGGUUUCCCUCGAGACACUUGAAAGACAGCAUGUUCCGGACCAUAUCUUCAACGGGUGUAAGUCAACAUAGUUUACUGAUUUCAUUUGAGCUACGCUAUAAUCUGGCCCUUGCUUUUUAGCUCCCACAAUGAAUGACUGAUUUAAGAUGAAGUUAAAUCAGCCUUUGAAGAAACCGUGAAACUAUACCACAUCUUUCCUAAUUUUUACCCCAUAAUGAACAUUUUAAAAAUUAGCUUAAGUAGUAUUAAAAUGGUCUGAAGUAUCAAGAUUUCAAGGGAAGGCUUCUUGUUGCUGUGAAGGUUGUGGUCCACUCAUGCCAUCAGAUGUUUUGCAGCUUUCAAAAGCUAUUGUUAAAAACUUGAUUCCUUUACCACUUUGUCAUUCAAGAUGGUAUCUGAUAUUGAAAGAAUUUCAGUUUUUAGUCAUCAAGUUGCACUGGUAAGUUUAGUAUUUUACUAUUUGCUAGUGGCUGUUCUAAUACAAAGUUGAAGAGCAUUACAACAAAGCAAGAGAGGUUAAUGCUGCUUGCUGCCUAAGAGUUAGAGGUAUAGAAGUGGGGGUGAUGUGGGAAGAGGAAGGAGGUACAACCUAGGUAAGGACUUGGGAGGUAUGGACUUUAUAGCCACAUACACACGCAAGGGGAAGGACAGCAUUUAGAGGCCACGGAGGGAGGGAGGAGCUGGAGGAAAGCUUGGAUUUGUGGUUUUACUGAGUGAUCCAAACCAAGCCACUCUUGUUCACUUCUCCAGCAGUGAUUAAAAAGAAAAAAAAAAAAAAACACUAGCUCUCGGGAAUACGAAGGGUGGUCCGGUAACUCCUUUCGCACACAGUGUGCUAACUGGAGUGUAAGAGAAACGUACGUAUUACCAACCAGCAAGGCUUCAGGUUGAUAUUUUGCCUGCAGUAUACUUUUCCCAUCCUCAACCCAAAAGGAGAGGAGAGAGGAAAGCACUGAUUAAGAGGCAGGGUUAGUGUUUUGAGCAAGCUCAAAAAAAAAAAAAAAAAUCUGCAUUUAAAUACAGAAGUGCUGAAUUUGAGGUUAUUCUUCUAUGAAGAGCUAACUCAAUCAAUUCUCAGGAACCAAAGCUAUUUACAAAGUACAGUAGCUGAAAUAAGGAGGCCAUUAGCUCUUAGGUGUUCCUAGCUCAAAGAAACAAUUAGGGAAGCUAAAGCAUGGGAGGGGACUCUUGUGUUCGAUCAGCAAGCCAUCAUCUCUUACAACUUACAACUCCAGCUUUGCCUCACUGCCUCUUGUAGGACUCUGGGCAACUCUUCAAGCAGAGACCAGACAAGCAGCUUGGUACCAAAAGGACGUCAUCCCACCCCACAGAUAGCUUAAAAGGGAGGAUGAAAAGGAGCCUGCCUCGAUAGAAUAAGAAGAGUCCAGUUGCUGAACAUACAGAAAUACAAAUAUUAAUCCAGUGCAAU